AUGAAUUCACACAUUCGAAAUCGCAGGUUGCAUCCUGCACACAGUAAACAACAGGACCAUGCCUCUUCGAAGACUGACGAUAACGAUAAGACUUCGAAGCAUGGGAACUCCGUAAAACCGAUGAGUUUUGCGUCGAAAACUCCCACGACAACUUUUGAUGGCCCGUCCCAUCCUCCACCCUCGUCUGAUCAACGCGAAAAUGGAGCGACGAGCAAUAUAGGGGACAAUAAACCGGUGCAGAAUUCUGCAACAUCGCAGCAUAUAACGCAGAAACUACCAAGUACCAAUGCAUUCGGACAAACGGCGUACUCGAAAAAUCAUGAGAAAACUGAAGAACUGCAUGAUUAUCUCAACACUGGAGUUCAACGUUACUCCAUAGGGGAUUCGGAUGAUAAUAUGGCCCCAAUUAACACAACACGUUCAAACGGCAGCAACUCUGGAUUUGGUCUACAUCAAGCUGUCACGGAUACUUCUGUACCAAAUCCGUUCCAUACAACCAACAUACAACCUACCUGGCAGCCAUUACAACAAAAUGAUGCGCAAUCUCACUCUGUUCCCUUUGGCGCUAUGAACGUGAAACAGAACGCCGGGACAAACCAACCGCAAUUUCCUGUAGGAAACCUGACCGGUUGGCAAGGUAGUUUCACACAACAGAUGAAACAAAUCAGCGAGUAUUAUAUGUCGAAUGCGCAGGAAGAAGCCGAUGUCGCUGACCCGCCUCUCUUAGAGGAACUUGGGAUUGACCUAGAUGACAUCAUCAGACAUAUAAACUGUGUUUUGUUGUUCAAAAGUUGCAACAAUGGUGAAUUACAAUACGGGGAUUUCACCGGGCCGCUGCUGAUACUUUUAUUGUUUGCUGUAUCAAUGUUGAUAUCAUGCAACCUUAAUUUCGGCCUUGUAUAUGCAAUUGAAAUGAUAGGGACGUCAUGUAUGUAUAUACUAUUCAAUUUAUUAAGUCAAGACAUCUAUAUUGACAUGGUCAAGACUGCAAUUAUUUUGGGAUACUCCCUAUUACCUAUAUGUCUGGCUCCUAUCAUUUGGAUCUUUUCAAGGUUUGCUAAACCUGUAGCAACCGUACUGGUCUAUUUGUGCGUCAUAUGGAGCACGUCUACUGCCACGCGUCUGCUAGCAGCGGAGCUAAACAUGACUGGUAGGAAGUACCUCGUCCUCUACCCUACGUUUUUAUAUUACAUGUUCCUAGCUCAUGCUGCAAUGAACUAG